GUGUAAAAGUGUGUAACAUGGUGGAAUACAGCCUGUCCCUAAGCGGUGUGAAAGUUAAAAAAUCUCUUCGCAUGAUUGAUUAAGUACAGUGAAAUCGAAAGUAGUAGGUGUAUUCUUUGGUCGUAUUAACGGUAUAACACACAGAAACAGUUGAUUAUACCAACUACAAAUGUUUACAUAAAAAUAAACGAAGACAUCAGCCUCAUGGAUAAAUGCCGUUGUCAGACAACUAAAACUGUUGAUGAUGGCCAAUCCGAGUCAGUUUCAAACAAUGCCCUAGACGUGCAUCAACGGAAAAUGGAUGGCAACCAAAAGAACAUACUCGGACUGAAACCCGAUCAGAGAAUUCGUUUUGAUAAUAAAACUGAGGUCAUGUCAUAAUUACCUCUACUCUAUGGUCGUGCACAAACGAACUGCUGAAUCUUAACGGUGUAUGCAUUCUCGUGACGAUGCCUUCCAAUACCGGUACCAAGAUAUUUGCCGACAAGGAGACCAACAACUGGUUCAAGACGUGCAUAGCUCUCAAUGUGACAAAGGAAGGACUGACUAAUUUUGUUGAGAACACAAUGAAAAAAGUCCACGCAGCACUUGGUACAUGCAGCAGUUAUGAAAAAGCUAUAAUAUCACAUCACCGAUUCAGUGGUCCAUCAUGGAAAAACACUAAAAGACAUGAUUGGAAAUCAAACUGGUGGGAAAUAGCGAACUGUUUUCUCCCUCCACAAGGAUACGCUGAUGUGUCAUCGGUUCAGGAAUCAGACUUUAAUGCGGUGAUAAACAUAAUAAUGAACUGCACAGAUUUCAAAAAGUAUCUCUCCUCCUCAUGGCUAUCACCUCCACCGCCUGACCCGCUAUGUCCGUUAGAAAAGGUCCGUCAAAUAGGCAGAGAUGUACGCCACAGUGCCAACUGCAAGACAACAGAUGCUGAACUUCAAGACUAUUACCAGACAUUGACCAUGCUACUGGCAGAUCCAGUAUGGCUGGCACAUGAUACGAGUGCAAAUAUAGCCCUCAGUAGGCUUACUGAUCUUCAGAAUGACCGCCUCCCUCUGACUGAAUUUGGCAAUUUGAUUCAAGAGUUCAAACAAGCAAUUGAGCGUGUUAAAGAUGCCGCUGAGGAAGACUUCUCGGAAAAGGCAAAACAAUCUCUGGAAGAAGGUUUGAAAAAAAUAAAGGAAGCAUUAAAGGACGGUGAACAAGAGAUAAGAAACAAAAUACAACAGGCUGAUAAUGAAAUAACUGAAAAGAUGAAUAAGGCUACAAGUCAGAUUGAAGAGAUGAAGCAUGAGAGUGUUCGGACAAUAUAUGACAGGACAGAGUAUUGUACUAGGCAGAUUGAACAGAAAAUCGGAGAUGAGACUAAGAAAGCUGAACAUACAAUAACAUCACAGAUAGACACACUGACAAAAAGCAGUGUUAAACUUAUAGAAGAACACACUAGAGAUAGGAUGGAGCGCAUGCAACAGAAAAUUGCUGACAAGGCGGGAGAAGACUUCGAAAGACGCGUAGAAGAUCUUCGCUGUAGACUGGUGGACCAUUACCGUGAAACUGUUAGCUACGUGCCUCUGUCUUCUUUGUAUCCUAGUCUCGAUAAGCACGUACAAGAUGUCUAUGUCAGUCCAAAACUACACAGGAUAAAAAUAGAGAAUGAUGGGAGACGCACAAAACAGGAGCAAAUUUUUUCGUACAAAGAUUGCUUCAACCGUGAGAUUCAAGACAUCAGAAGGAUGUAAUGCAGAUGAUCAAAACGCAGCUAAUUGAUAAUAUUUGUACGGAGGACGAGCGUGAAGAAGCGAAGAAACUUUGUCUUCAAAUUAUAAAAAAUGAUAUAUGUCUCGUUAUUCAAGACGGUCUAGAUGAAUGGCCUAGUGAUGAAUCUCUUCCUUCUAUGACAGGAAUUCCUAAAGAAAAAUGCAUCAUACUCACAACGUCUCGACCAUGGAAACUAAGUGAUGAACGUAUCAAAAAUUCUCAAAUAGAUAUUCUGUUAGAAGUUGAGGGUAUAAGCGAUACUGAAGCAUUCACUGAAAGAAUACUACGAUGCUUACUUGAAGAAUCAAUGGAUAUCAAAGAAAGUGUGAAGCAAUUCAACAUAUUCCUCAAGAGUCGCAACCUUAAGUCGAUAUCAUCUUCGCCUAUGCUGCAGGCACUUGUCCUCUGUACCUGGGUAGAUGAUACGGCUGAGCGUCUCACCGGAUCGUCACUAUGUGAUCUGUACACUACCCUACUUGACUGUUUAUGCAAAAAAGCCACUCAUGACAUGUCUUAUUUCAACAAAUUGAAUCCACCGCCAGUAAAGAACUUUGAAGGUUCAAAAUAUCUAAAAUCAAAUAAGGCUCACAUAGAUUCCAUUGCUGAAGCUGCGUUCUCUUUUUUGUUUUCAAAUGAAAAAGAGACAUCAAUAGUUUUUAGCGAUGUCAAAUUGUCAGACUUUUUGCUACCAUCUGCAAAAGAGUUCGCACUAAAAUCAGGGUUAUUAACCAAAAGGAAAUCUAAAAAAGCUACUGAUACGACUUGUAGGUUUGUCCACAAAACUUUUCAGGAAUUCUUAACUGCUUAUCAUAUCGCCAACAAUGCAGACGCUGUGGAUGACGUCGUUUCCGAUUAUCUCAAAUGCCAUAGCAAUUCAUAUCUUGAUAUAUCUCAAAUGUUCAUUUACCUGUGUGGCUUGAACAUCUCGGCAGCGAAUAAACUAUCUGCACUGAUGAAUGAGCACGGCUUUGAAUGCAAUUGUAAUCACCGGACCUUCCAAGAGAACAUUUACCAAAAAUUUAUCCUUUCCGGCUACAG